AAAGUGAUUGCGCAGAUCAGAGGGUUUACGAGUGUGUAUGUAAAAAGCGAUAGAUGGUAUGUCGGCCCCCAUAGAGAUGGAGCCAGUUGUCAAGUUUAUGGGAAGAUGAAGAUGAAGGUGGUCCCAACCUCCUCUUCCUGAAUGCCUUGGUUCGGAAGCCACAUGCUCACUCACGUUCUUCUUCUUCUUCUCCCUCCAUCUGCGGAGCUUUUAUAUGAUGUUUAUGUAUUUCAACGCCUCCUUUUAACAAAUUAAGCACAGAUAAAUGAGAUUUCUACGUCUACGCCAUGUGAAACAUGUCUUGGUCACUGAGCUUCCUACUCCCUCCUUAAUUUCCUCACUCACUCUCGCUAUUCAUUUCUAAAUCUUCAAUACCAAUAAUUUUGGCUGCGGGCCAGCUACCAUUUCCAUUUCAGUACUGCUCCCAUCGAAGCUUCAAUUCACUCAGAGCGCCCCCCCCCCCCUCUCUCUGUGUGUACCCAGUAGGUCUUUUCAGAACCUACUUAACCGUCGAUCUCCAAUAUAUUUUAUUCCUUCUUGCCUGGUUUUUUAAUCUCCCCACUCCCUCACUUGUUACUCAUUCAUGCAUCCGCUAUUAUUGCAUUCAAUCCCUUUCUGUUUUAUAAUUCAAUGCCAAUCUAACUCCAUACCUGUUUCACCUAUAUGAGUACUAACAGAAUUAAGGUGCUUUUUUUACCUUCACUUCACUUGAACUGAAUUGAAGUCUAUUAUUCAUUUGCUGUCAAUUGCCGUCCAUUAUGCCUGUUUUGUGUUUAGCUCCCAUUCUUUAAUCUCCGUGCUCCUACAACUCACCGUGUUUAGUAUACAGUAUACACUAACAUAUCAUAGAGCUGCAUGCCAUUGGAUAUAUGACUAACCAUAUUGUGUAGGAUGUUGUUAUUCUUAUGUUUGAAACCUAUAACAUUGAUAGACACCAAAUUAAACCGAAAUGGGGUGUGCUAGUUCUAUAUAUGCUGCUGUUGGAACAAAGAAGAAGUUGUCUAUCCCUGAAGUUGUCGUCUUCGUCCCAUCCACUCGCAUUCCUGCACAAUCUGAUCUUCAAAAGCAGCUUAGAGGCCUAAUUCCAAAAGAUAUUGCUGACAGAUUGUCUUCGCUUCGUAAUCAGAUUGUCUUUGUGGCAGAGGACACUGAUGGAUCUGCUAUACCUGAACUCCGCCGAGGGCUAGAGGAAUACUUGUCUCUUUUAAUUGGCCUCACUAAAAAAGAAUAUGGUCUUGAGGGAUUGGUUGAAUUCAAGUGGAGAAGUUUAGCGGGUGGGAAACAAGAAGCCUCCUCCUCAUGUAUAGCAAACUCUUGGUUUGAAGUACUGUCUGUUGUUCACAUGAUGGCUAUGCUUGCGUUGUCGGAAGCUGACACAUUGACGAUUCCAAAGGACCAUUCUGGCUCUAAUAUAAGGACUGUAUCUUCAGAUUGCAAGAGGGAAGCUGUGGACUUAUUGCUUAAGGCAACAGGGUAUUUGGAAUUCUGUGUCCGGGAUGUACUGGUUCAUAUACCACCUGAAAUCAAGAAAAAUUUUCCUAAAGAUUUGCAGGAUGGUGUGUUGGAGGCCAUUUCCUUUCAAACUCUUGGCCAGAAUAAAUCAUACUUAGUCGAGCUAGGGAUAUUGAUAACACUCCUACAGAUGGUGAAAUUGAUAAAUUUAUCUCAGGGAACUGAAAUUCAGCUUGGUUUAGCUGUUGACUGUCAGAAGGCUACUUUAUCAGUUAAAAGGAGAUUGGCCUGUGAACAAUUGAGCUAUUUCAGCCAGGCUUAUCACUGCUUGUCAGGAUAUGAUCACAUCAACAACGGGUAUGGAAAGAAGCAUAUGUGGUUCAUCAAAUGGAAAUUUCUGGAGUCAAAGGCUGCAGCUUACUACUUCCAUGGUCUAAUGGUUGACAAGGGUAAUGAACCAUCAUGCCAUGUUAGCGCUGUAUGUUGUUUUCUUGCCGCAGAAGAAAUUCUAUCAGAGAGCAAGAAAGCUUGCUUUACCUUUUGCCUUGCAGCUCCAGUUACCAGGGCUGCUCCACUGUGGGGAGCUAUGAAGCAUUUGCAUCAGAAAAUCCCUGAAGUUGCAGCAAGGAAAUCCCAGAUGUAUGGCUACCUCUUAGAACAAGACAAAGUUCUUCAAGCAUUGCCUGACCUACCAGAAUUUCAACUGUCAUUAAGACCUGAUGACUAUCAACUACCUGAAAUCGACCCAGCUUGGGAGUCGGGAAAAUGGGAAACUCAAAGCCAGAGCUUAAAAGAGCACCUAGAUGAUAGCGAUGACAACGAUGAGACUGAAACUGAGCAGUGAUAUAUAGAUAAUUUUGGUGCACUGGACUUGUUUGUUCGUAAUUUAUUUUCUUAUAUAUACAAGAGCUAAUGUAUCCAUCACUGCUACAGCUUAACCAUAUAUCUCCAUGUCUGUAUAUGUAUAUCUUUUACAACUCGUGUACUGUCUUGUCUGGUUUUAUAUAUGAUCAUCGAUCAGUCAUUGAUCACUUUUAUA